AUGGGGACGCCGGAGACGUCGCGGGAGCCGUGCCCGGACCGGAUCCUGGACGACGUCGGCGGCGCGUUCGGGAUGGGCGCCGUCGGGGGCUCCGCCUUCCACUUCAUCAAGGGCAUCUACAACUCCCCCAACGGGAUGCGCCUCUCCGGGGGCGCGCAGGCCGUGCGCAUGAACGCGCCGCGCGUGGGGGGCAGCUUCGCCGUCUGGGGCGGCCUCUUCUCCACCUUCGACUGCGCCAUGGUGUACGCGCGCCAGAAGGAGGACCCCUGGAACUCCAUCGUCGCGGGCGCCGCCACGGGCGGGUUCCUCUCCAUGCGCCAGGGCAUGGGCGCCGCGGGCCGCUCCGCGCUCAUGGGCGGGAUCCUCCUGGCCCUCAUCGAGGGCGCUGGCCUCAUGCUCAAUCGCGUCAUCGCCAACCCGCCGCUGCCCGCCGACGACCCCAACCUUACGGCGGCCAUGGGCGGCAACCCUUUCCCGGGCCUGCCGCAGGCGCCGCCGGUCGUGGCACCUCCGGAAGCGGCGAGCUCCAGCGGCGCGGGUGGGUGGUUCGGGGGACUGUUUGGCAGGAAGGAGGAGGAGAAGAAACCCAGCGCGGGCGGGGGCAAGUCGGAGAUCUUGGAGAGCUUCGACACGCCCAGCACUCCGAUACCAUCGUUCGAGUACAAAAAAGGUUCUGUGUUUGCCGUUGGUGCUGUUGGGGGUUCUUUCUACCACUUUGUCAAGGGUCUCCGCAAUGCACCUACUGGUGCACGAUUUACUGGUGGCCUGGAGGCUGUGCGCAUGAAUGCGCCACGUAUUGGUAGCAGCUUUGCUGUUUGGGGAGGUCUGUACUCAGUAUGUGAUUGUACCUUCAUGUAUGUGCGUCAGAAGGAGGAUCCCUGGAACUCAGUUCUUUCUGGUGCGGCCACUGGUGGCAUCCUUUCUUUGCGUCAGGGAUUUCGCUCAGUCAUUCGUUCAUCCAUGCAUGGUGCAGUUUUCUUUGCUCUCGUAAAUGGAGCUAUUAUCAUGGCGCAACGCUCUCAACCUGAUCCUCUAUCUAUGCCAGUUGAUGUUCCAGCUGUCACCCCUGUGGAGAUGUCUUCUUUAUCUAUGCCAGUUGAUGCUGAAGCAAUCACACCUGUGGAGACAUUUGAAAAGGAAAGUGGAAGAGGGAGUCACAAAUAG